AUGGACGUACAGAUGCUGAUCCACGGUAUCUGCUACUUCGAUUCGAUCGCAGCUUAUAUAACAAACUCUUUUAUGAUUUAUAUGAUCAUCAACCAUUCGCCAGCAAAAUUAGGCUCAUAUAAAUAUCUCAUGCUCUCGUUCAGCAGUUGUAUGCUCAUUUUCCCAACUUGUCAUGGUCUUUUGAUGCCGGGCAUAUUAACUGUUGUUAUGAUGCAAUUUUUAUAUCGAUAUCUGGCGGUUAUAAGCGGUUAUUUUCGUGAAAACAUGAUGAAAGACUACGGGUUGGCGCCGGACAAUAUUCCAAUGCUUGGGUUAUUCCUAGCGACUAAUAAUUCGGCGGGUGAAGAAACACUAUAUGGCCCCGAAGUUUUCGCCGCCGUUUUUACGAUGACGCUUUAUUGGAUCGGGUUUAUAACGAUAGGAUAUUGUACCUAUGGAAUCUGGUAUCAUCUCGGAAGGGCUCAAUUAAGCCCAAAAACAAAGCGGAUGCACCGCGAAUUGUACAAAGCAUUGUUAAUCCAGGCUUCGGUGCCGAUUUUGGCCGAUUAUAUUCCCUGCGGGAUCACCCACUUUCUUGCCUUCUUCGGAUGCGAAUUCUUUGGCCCACUUUUCAAUUAUUCGAUGGUGUGUGUCUCGACGUAUCCGGUCAUUGAUCCCCUACUUGUACUGUAUUUUAUAAGGGACUACAGAGCUGUGAUAUCCAGAGCAAUACGGUAUCUG